AUUCAUUUGCUCUUCCCUCCAACAUGCAUUUGUUGUUGGUAACCAGGUAAUACCUGAAAGCUGGGGGAUAUAAACUGAACAUUAAGUCCCAUCUCCAUCCUCAGGAAGCUCAUGUCCUCCAGUGCUGGGGGGCAGGACAAAUGGCAGAGAGACCGCCUUAUUUUACAAGAUGUUAUUGUUCUCUGAGAGGCUGAAAAGAUUUUCUAUCACCACUAGCCUCCUCCUGUCCAUGGCCAUUUACAGAAUGGGCAAACCAGCCUUCCGGCAGAAGACCAAACCUGCUAGCUGUCAACGUUCCCGGCAGCUCUGCAAGGCCUUCGAGCGGGCCUCGCUCUCCUCUCGGGGGUGGUACCUUCAUUCGGUCAUCCAGUAAGUGUUCCACUUCCCGAGGGAGGCGAAGCACUCACACCGCGGCGAGGGGACCCGUCACCGCAGAGCCAGGUGGCUGGCUCUCCUCCAGGGAGAAAGCCUGUCACUUACACCUUUCCUCACCACUGUUAGGAAGUUACCUAGAAAAGUACAGACAGAAGACCAAGGCCUGCGUUUUAGAAUCGUGGAGUGUUAGCGUUGGCCAAAUCGCUGGACACAAUGUAAGCUUGAUCAGGAAAAUGAGCUCCAAGGUCUCACAGCAGGCGGGGCCUGGAAUCCUGGCGCAAUCUGCGACCCACUGCCUCCUACAGUCGGGGCUGAGCGUUCUUUCAAACAGCCAAAGCAAUCACUUAAGUCCAGCAAUGAUCUCCUUGGAGAAAUAAAGUGAUCCUCCCUAGGAGACGGCCUUGGAGGGCAUCGCCCUCGGCGCUGGGCACAGCACGUCUUCCCUGCCUGGGCGCGGGAGGAGGGUUUGGGGACAGCGGCCGCACUCCGGACCCUUCUUCAGAUUGCACAGGAGGAGGCGGCAGCGGAACCUUUCUCCUCCGCCUCGCUCUCGCUUCCACCCGUGCCCAGUUGGGGACGGACGCACUAGAGGCGACCUAAGAAUGGAGACAGCGGGCGCUGGAACUGGGCAGCCGGCCUCUGGGCUGGAGGCUCCGGGGUCCACGGAUGACCGGCUUUUCCUGGUCAAAGGUGGAAUUUUCCUUGGUACUGUUGCUGCAGCGGGAAUGCUAGCUGGAUUUAUUACAACAUUAUCAUUGGCUAAAAAGAAAAGCCCUGAAUGGUUCAAUAAGGGAAGUAUGGCCACAGCUGCAUUACCGGAAAGCGGGUCUUCCCUUGCCUUGCGAGCUCUGGGCUGGGGCUCACUGUAUGCAUGGUGUGGGGUUGGUGUGAUUAGCUUCGCAGUCUGGAAAACUUUAGGAGUUCACAGUUCCUUGCUGCUAGAAAGGCUUUUAUGGAAGUGACUUGUGAUUGGAGUCUUGCACAGCUUUCCAGGGCCCCGUCUUGUCUCCUCGUCUGCUGAUAGAUGUUGCUGCUUUUUCAAGAGCCCAGACCUCCUUUUCUUUAAAAAACAAAAAGUAAAACAUGUAAGUAAAACAGAUAUAUUUUAAAUAUGUCUCUAUAAAUGGACAUUGUACUUUCCUAUUAUAAGAGAGAAUCUUUAAGGGAAGUAAAAUUGUAUCUUUCCUCUAGGACAGUAUUGGAUGUACUCUAA